UUUGCUUGAGAUGGCCCUUUUCCUCCUCGAGUAAUAUGCGCAAAUUUCCCAUUAAAUGCCUUUGUAAGUGAACGCUAUGCAUUAUUCGACGCCUUUUAUCCACUUUGUGAUUGACUGAGUGAUUUUUUUUUUCGUCCAUGGAGGAUAUGUGAUGCAGAAUAUGAGCUCCAUAAGAACUGUCUCUCAGAGAUGUUCAGAAGCUGAUUUUCCAUCUAGAUUAACAAAUGACUGGAGGCAAAAUGAGUUUGCAUCCGGAAGAUCAUUCAGGCUCAACGGCAUCCCGCGCCAACCAGGGAGUAGAUGACAGUGACAUCUAUGAUGACCUGGGCUUGAAAGCAGCAGCACAGCAGUCACAGGAUGCAUGGUCUGUUGGCAGUGAUAUUAAUGAUGCAGACAUAUACCAGGAGAUGGGGGUGCAGCCCAUUGAUUACACAACAGAGGAGGGAAGUAUUGAUAACACUGCAGCAUAUAAAAAGGCUAAACAGAGCAAACCAGCAAACAACCAGGAAGUCAUUAGUAUUGACUUUGAAAAUCUUCGGAAAAUAUUACGAGCAGAUUUGAGUGGAAAAUCCAGUGGAUGUGGCUCAAAAGAAAAUCAACAGGUGAAAGAGAUUCAUGAUUGUGAAACUAAUAGUGUCGAGAAAGAAACUGAGAGAGAAAUCAGGGCAAAGCAGGAAGGUGCAAGGAUUGUUAAGGCUGAAAAAAUUGCAGAGAAGUUCCAGGAAGGAAGUGAUGAAAAAGGAAGUGGUAGAUUAAAUCCAAAUAAGGUUCUCACAGAAAAUAAACAACAUGGUGCUAGAGCAAAAACACAGUCCAGUGUCAGUGGUUCUGAAAACACCAAAUCAACACCUGUAGAAGAUAAUUCAAUGCAAAACAGAGAUCUGCAUUUUGUGCUGUCCAUGUUGUGUAAAAAGAAUUCCACUAUGGAAGAUUUAAUGCAAAACAAUGUAACAGAUGAAGGUAAGACAGGACCAAUUACUGGUGCAAGUGUAAGUAACUCCUCAGAGUGCAUUGAAAACUCUGACAGUCCGAUGGAUUCUCCCAGGAAAUCAAAAAGAAUCAAAGACAUUCAGAAGGAGGCUACUAGCACUAGGACACACAACCAAAGCUCAGAAAUAGGCUUAAAUACGAGUCCCAAAAGAUUACCUGCUUCAAGUUUUAUGUCCAUUGAAACAAGCCCCAGGAAGACUCAGUCAGAAAAGCAGAGCGAAGAAGCAAGUAAGGCAGACUGUCAGUGGGACCUCUUUGAAGAUGUCAUGGUUGCUAGAAGUGAUGAAAAGGAAAGCCAAGAAGUAACCCAACUAAAGGAGGAGAUGGAGGCUCUUCGCGUGCAGCUUAAGGAGUCAGAGAAGCGCUGUGAGGGUCUUGAACAUGAUAACAAGCUCCUACUCACCAAUAUAUCAUCUUUGUGGAAGACAGCAAUAAGCCAGAUCAAACAGAAGAUACAGCAAAUUAAUUCACUGAGAGCCGAGCGUGAGGCCAUUCUGUUCCGUCGAGCCAUGCGCCAGGUUCCCAAAGAAGAGUUUGAUGCUGUCUUGUCACAGAUAUCAAAAUAUUCCAGUGAUGAAUUCAAAUCCUUUCUUGAGAGUAUGAAGAAGACUACAGAUGAAGGAACCAGCUGCAAAUGUGGUGGUAAAGGAUAUGCAGGAUUUGGAGGUCUUGUUGAGAAAAUAACAGCAAGUGUUGUUGGUGUUCGUGUUAAUUCUUCGCAGGAUACUGAUGCUGCAUCUUUAAAAAACCUAAUGGGCAAAGGAGGAAAAAAUGUGACAUCUCUGGUUAAACCACAACAAAAGGCUACAAGUAAGAAAAGAAAAAUAUCUACUCAGAAGCAGAAUAACAAAUUUGAUUGUAGAAAUGAAGAUAAAGCAGGUAAACAUAUAGAAAGAAAGAAAUGUGAUUUUGGAGAUGUACCUACAGGUAGGAACAGACAUGAUAGUGGAGACAGAGCUUUGGAGGAAGGCAGUAACAGAAUAGAAGAUUAUGGGAAACCUGACUCUGUAGAGUUACAGGAAAGGCAUGAUAGUGGCAAUAUAAGGCACAGGAAUGAUAGUGGUGAUAAAUGUUACAAGAAUGAGGAUUUUGAUUUGGAGUUUAGACAUAGCAGUUCUGAUAGACCACUGAAGAGAAGGAGACACGAAAGUGGUGAAAGGUACAGUGAUGGAGACCGACAUACUGGUAGAUUUGGCCACAGCAAUGGAGAAAGGAACUCUAGGCUUGAUAGGUACCACUCAGAUUUAGAUGAGGAAUAUAAGAAGAGGAACAUCCCAAGGAACCCAGGGAAGUCUAUCUUUGAAAGAAGGAAAGGCAGUGAAAAUAGAAAGGAGAGAAAUGCAAAUGAAGAGCCACUAGGGACUGAUAGAAGACUCAGUGUCUUCUCAAGGUUAGGUGCGCAUGGCAAGAGUCAUUUUGAUAGAUCAGACCAAAAGAAAGAGUAUGAAGAUGUGGACAGAAGACAGGAAGACAAUAAAAAAAAAACUUCAAAAUUUACUGAUCUGCAAAGUGAUGAAAGUUUGAUCCACAGUAGGAGAACAAGGAAAAGGGAUACAGAUAACAGGAAUACAGCAGAUAUGCAAGUCAUAAAAAAGUCUACAUCAAGUGUCAGUUUACAAGACUGUCAAAUGACUACAAAGAAGGGCCAUAACUUGAGUUCAGAUUGGUCACAAGUUAUAACUACAAAUAAUUUAUAUAAACAUGAAGGUGAAUGCAGUACACAUGUGCAAAGUAACAGUACUUCAGAUAUUGGCAGUGCUAUUGACGAGUCGGAGAAUUCCACUGGUCCGAACAUUCACGAAAUAUCUGAUGGAAUUAUUCAUAAUGCCUGUAAAUCAAAUUCAGAUUGUGAAGAGAAAAUGUUAGGAAAAACCCUUUUUGGACAGAGGGUUAUUUCAAAACCUUCCCAAACUAAGCAAGAUGUACAGAACAGCUCAUCUAAACUUCCACAUGGUGCAAAGAAUCACAUAAACAAUGACUCUGCAAAUGAUAGUGGUAUAAUAAAUGGCAAUAGCACUUCAGACAGUGCCAGUUCUGUAGGAAAACCUCAAGAGCCUUCUGCUCCCUUCACCCACAAAGCCAAGGAAGUUACUGGUUAUAACUGUGACUCAAAUUUAUACGAAGAAGAGGAAAUGUUAGGAAAAUCCCUUUUUGGGCAGAGAAUGAAUGCAAAAAUGGCUCGAGCCAAGAAAAAGAUGAAUGCUGAAAUAGGUCAGACCAAACAAGAGACACUAGAACAACUGGCAAGGCCUCCAUUUGGUGUGAGUAAUCACAUGAAUAGUGAUUCAACUAGUGUGGUUGGUAUAGUAAGUACAAACAAUACUUCUAACAAUGCCAGUGCUGUGGAUAAGCAGCAGAGUCUCUCUGACCCUUUAACAAGGAACAGAAGUUAUGGAGACUCUGGUAAUAAUUCUGAGUCAGAUGCAGAGCAUGAAGAGAGAAUGUUGGACAAAUCUCUCUUUGGACAGAGAAUGAUGGCAAGAAUUGACCAAACCAAUCAGAGGAAACAAGAAACAAUCUCUCUACAAAGUGUAAGAAAUCACAUGAACAGUGACAAAGGGAACACAGAUACAUUAAGUGACAAGAUAGAAGAGAUUAGCGAGAGAGUGGAGGAAAGGGUAUCACAGGACCAGGAAAGAGCAAGUGGCCACAGAGAUGAUGCUCCUGUUUUAGAAAUUAAUGAUCUACAUAAUGUGAUGAAAGAGAAGGAAAAUAAUCAUACUGUGUCUCAUGAUCAUGAUAAAGACAAGGCAGAUGAAGAGAAACACAUUUCAGACCAGACACUUGAAGAAAAAUGUGGUGACAAGACUGGUACAAAAUUAUGUAUCAUGAAGGAUGUGGCAGAGUCUAAGACAAGUGUUAGCUGCACAUCAAAUGAGGGCUUAGGGUUGGGUGAACAAAAUGUAUUGCAAAUUGUUCUUGAAGCAGAAAAAGAAAAUGUUAGCAAACAUGUACAUGAUAUUAGCGUAAAAAGAAAAGAAAAUGUUACAAAAAUUUGUGAGGAAAGUGAUAAUGUCAGUGAAGGAAGACCAAAAAACAAACCAUCAGGUACAGAUGAAAGUGUUGCAUCAAAAUCAGAGACUAAAACUUCUGGAACAAUUCUUGAAAUUUUUGAUUCAAAAGACAAAGUGAAUUAUGAGAGAAAUAUUGGGGAUAGAGAAGAAAGAGCAGUGACAGAUGAAAAAUGUAUCGGCAAAAGAAAGACAAGGGAAAAAGUAGAAAAAACAGUGACAGAUGAAAUGUGUAAUGAAAAAAAUAGAGGGGAGAGAGAAGAAAGAACAGUAGAUGACAAAUGUAAUAGUGAGAGAAAUAGUGAGGGAAGAAAAGAAAGAAGAGUGACAGAUGAAAAAUGUAUCAGUGAAAGAAAGACUAGGGAAAAAGAAGAAAGAACAGUGACAUAUGAAAAAUGUAAUGAAAAAAACAUUGGGGAAAGAGAAGAAGGAACAGUAGCAGGUGAAAAAUAUAGUAAAAGAAAUACUGGGGAAAGAGAGAAAAUGGCAACAGAUGAAAAACAUAAUAGUGAAAGAAAGACCAGGGAAAGAGAAGAAGGAACAGUGACAGAUGAAAAUCAUAGCAGUGAAAGAAAGACCAGCAAAGGAGAGAAAAGAAAGGUGACAGAUGAAAAAUGUAAUAGUGACAGAGAAGAAAGAACCAUGACAGAUGAAAAAUGCAGUACUGAGGAUGUUGAGAUAGGACCCCCCCAAAUCCGUGAAACCUCCCCUAGGGAUAGCAGCAAAUAUACUUCUGUUACUCUAGGAAGACUAGAAGAUCCUAAUUUCGAAGACAAAAAAGAAGGAAAGGAGGGAGUGGAAGAGAAGAAUGAAAAGCCAAACAUUGCUACAAGAAAGAAAAGAGGCCGGCCAGCUAAACAGAAAGAUACUGAUGUGAAGGCAGUAUCCCCCUGUGAAUACGCAGAAACUAAGAGGGAUGGGAGAGGGAGAAGAAGAAGGGAUGUGUCUGAAAAAGAAAAAGCCAGUGAUGAAGUAUGUGAUAACAAAAAUACCAAAAUCAAAGGCACUAGAAUGGAUACGUCUAACAAAAUGGACCAAAUAGGGGUUAUGACAAGAAAUAGGACAUUAGAUACAAAGAAAGGGCAUAGUAAUGCAUCUAAUAAAGAGAGAAAUGACAAACCAAAGAAGAAUUUAGUUCAAACAUCACUAAGUGAGGCACAAGUAAAUUGUAAAUCUACCGGAAGAUUCAUUGAGGAUUCUGAUGACCAAGAAGUAAGCAGUAAAUCAAAUGGUAGACAGAGAAGGAAAAUUGGCAAUAACAGUCAAAAAAACAAAGAAGUGGAUGAUACCAAAGAAAGAGACAAAACAAAAGAGGAAUCGAGCAAAGCCAGACCAAAGAAACAAUCAUGUUGUGAGAAAUCAGCAAGAAAGCAAGUAUCUGGUAGUGAAGGAAAUGAAAACUCAUUAGAUUGUCAGGAGAAUAAAGAGAUAACUCUCAAAACAGACAUUGUAGAAAGUGCCAGUAAUAAGUCUGAACAAGAGUUGGGCAUCAGAGAGCCACGGGAAGUGAUUGGGGGAAGUGAGAAUGCCAAACUGGAAGCAGAUGCUGAAUGUGUACAUGAAUCUGUAGGUAAUGUAGUACAAUGCCAAACCCCGACUAAAAGUUCAGCAGAUGAGGUGCAAUGUCAAACGAUGACUAAAAAUACUUCCAUUGAAAAUAAUGAGGUUGAUGCUAAACCACCAUCAAGCAGCACUCAAGCUGAAGUCAAAGCCUCAGAUUUCAAGCAUGGGACAUCCAUAAAGCAAAUAACAAAUGUCCCUGAGGCUUUGGUUGACAGGCUUGAAUCUAACCCAGAGAAAUCCAAACUGAUGAGUGGCGAGGAUGGUGAGAGAGUCAUUAGUGAUGAAGAUGUCAGUCGGGUUUCUGAGGCUCUGGAGAACUGUACUAAAAAGGAUAUACAAUGUAAGGAUAAAUUAAACUCUAGAACAACUAACUCAACAGCAGAUGAGGCUGAGGAAGAUGGCAAAAGUAACUCUGAUAAAAGGAUUAGAGAAGUUCCAGUUGAAAAAGAUUUGAUAUGCAGUAAAUCAGGUAGUGAUUCCAAAGGUGAUACUCAUCCAGUUGAUCAAGAAGAGCAGAAUAAUAAAGAGGUAAAGCUUAAGAAAGAAAAUGAUUUGGGGAAAAAGUGUUGUGUACAAGAUAAAUCAAACACACAUACGGAUACUGAAGAAAAAGGAAAAGAGAACGAGGAAGGAACAGAUUUACACAGUGAAAACACAGAAAGAACAGAAAAUACAAAAAUUGAAGAAAGUCUCUUCCCUGAAGAGGAGGAACUCCUCUAUGAUGAAGACAGUGAAGAUGAUGAUGAAGAUGAUGACAAGAAGGGAUAUGAUUCUGAGGAAAUAUCACAAACAAAAUCCCUACAUUCAAGUCAAACUGAUUGUCUUCAACCACAAACAAGUAAAAUGGGGUCCACAUUUGAUGCAAAAGAUUCUCAGGAAGAUGCCAUUCAGAGUAUAAAAAAGGAUAACAAAUCUGCACUUGAAAAAGUAACAGUAAAAAAUAGUGUGCAAAAUGAACAUAGUCCUAAAAGGAUAACUAGAAACCAUUCAGCUGAGAGAGAGGAUUUAGAGACUGUGGAAGGAUCAAGAGGAAGACAGUGCAGGUCAUCACCUAGGAAAGUUGGCAAAAGUGACAGCAGAAAAGACCUGUCAAGAAGUCGGUCACCACCAGGUAGAUCAAAUAGAAGGAUUGGUAAGAUGACAACACUUGACAAAAAGUGCAGUACAAGUGAAAAUGAUAGUGUCAGUCCCCUAAUGGUCAAGGAAAAGGAGAUGCAAGCCAAGUACGAGGAAAAGCUAGCAGUUGCAUUUGGCAGGACGACAAGACAGGGCCAAAAGGCAAGUAAGGAACUGAAGGAUUCAAAUGAUAUAAGUCCAUUAGCACAUUCUUUGGGAAGAGAAAAUGGAAGAAACACUGCAAGACAUGGUGAUGGUGAGAAUAUACCAUUUGAAGAUAAGAAUGAACAAUUAAAGCUUGCAAGUGAAAAUGAAGCUAAUUGUGAGAAAGAGUGCUCAAAACAAGAUGACCCAAGCAUGCCUGUUAAUACUGAAAAUGGAAGAAAGAACAUUGAAGGAACGGGUUUACACAGUGAACGUAAAGCAGAACCUAUAAAGAAACCCGAAGAGAGUCUUUUCCCUGGAGAGGAGGAACUCCUUUAUGAUGGAGACAGCGAAGGUGGUGAUGAUGAUGAGAAGGAAAAUGAUGCUGAAGAAACCUCUAAACCAGAAGCAAGUGAAAUGGGGUCCUUAUUUGAUGCAGAUAAUUCUCAGGUAGAUACCUUAAAAGAAAACGGCGAUAAAUCUGUAACAGAAAGUGUGCAGAAUAGGGAACAUAGUCCUAAGAGAAUAACAAGAAAUCAUUCAUCUGAAAGAGACUUUGAGAAUGUACAGAGGGCAAGAGGAAGAAAAUGUAGUGUUUCACCUAGAAAGAAUGACAGAAGUGACAGCAGCAUAGACCUCUCGGCGUGUCGAUCACCAAUAGGUAAAUCAAUCAAAAGGAUAAUGAGAUUGACACCGAACAAGAAGUGUGAGAUCAAGGAAAAUGAUAGUGUGAGUCCCCUGAUGGUCAAGGAAAAGGAAAUGCAAGCAAAGUAUGAGGAGAAGAUGGCAGUGGCAUUUGGCAGAACCACAAGACAGGGCCAGAGGGCAGUUGCGGAACUAGACGAUACAGGCAGAAUAAGUCCACCAAUACAUUCAUCAAAAAGGGUGAGUGGAAGAAAUACUUCAAGACGUAGAGAUAGUGAGAGCCCACCAAGGGAAAGAGGGAGGAAGCCUCUGAGGAGUAAAGAAGGGGAGCACAUGAGGACAGAUCACGAGAAGAUUAAUUCAGAAAGGAGCACCACUUCAAGAAGUAGUGAUUCCAGACUGAGAGUAAAAAGGAUGCAAGGAGAAGAACUGGAGGAAACAAAAAGAAAUAAAAGUUUACCAAAUGGAGCACAACAAAGGAGACCAACAAAUUUGGAUGAUGGUGUACGUGGGGAGGUACGGCGGAAAAGACAGCAGUCUGAGUCACCACCAACAUACAGAAGACGACAGCGCGUGCACGAAAGACGAAUGAGAGAUGAUGGAGAUUCUCCAGACAGGGGAAUUCAUGUUGGAAAAAUAAAAAACCGAAAUGAGAUCAAGGAAGAUGGUAGAAAUCAUGGUGAUCCACUACCCAAAGUUCAGAGAGAGAAGAAUUGUGCACAGGACCAACAGACCCGAAGCAAAGUACCAGUAGAUAGCAAACUGUUACAUAAAAUUUUAUGGGAGUCUCCAAAGAAGAACAUUGUCCAGGAUGAUGAAAAAGAAGAAGGGGAGUUAGAUGAAGAUGAAGAAGAAGGAGAAUUGAUUAGUGUAGCAACGAAUGGUGGGGAGACCUCACACAAAGAUUCAAAGGAAUCUCACUUUCCCAAAUUAGAGGUAGAAGGAAGACGACGGAAUGAAGCAAGAUGGGAUUUGAAGAAUGCAAGGCCCACAAGGAAAAGUGAAAUAUUAAAAUAUGAAAAAGCUUUACAAGAAGCCAAAGAGAAACAUCGAAGAGCUGAAGAAGAUAGGAAGAACAGAGUCCCAAGUAAGGAACCAGCACUAUCUAAAUGUCACAGGCCUGACAGUACUAAAGAUAGAUUCGCUUGGGAGAAGCAAGAUGCGUUCACAGGCAGGGAAAAGAAGAUUAAUCAGGUCAGUGAAGUAAAUGCAGAGAAGAGAAGGCAGAGCAUGAGAGCAAGGCACUUAAGAACUUUAAUGGAGGAUGACACAACUUUUUACCCAGCUGAUCUUUUCCAAGUUACACCUAUUUUAGCUGUACCGGAAAAGGUAGGUCCUGCUUCAGGAAGUGAUGAUACCAUUGACAUACUGGUAAAGCAGAAUCAUGAGAAAUACGGCCAGGAGAGCCUCAGCACCAGUGGAGACUCUGAGAUGUCAUUGUUGUACUUCAUUAACGAUCAUGAAGUGAAGAGAUGUGCCACUUCAGACCGUAAACCUUCCUCUUUGAAGGCAACAGGGGCUACAAAUGACGGCUUAAAGAAUCAAGCAGAAGUUGAAAUGAAGACAAAAGAGCAGGUUGUUGAAACCAGGGGUCUUGCAGAUGAAAAGGCCAGUGAACAAAGUUUGGUGAAAGACAAUAAUGUUACUAUUGCAGACACACCGCUGAUUGAUGGUAUGGGUCAGGAACAUGAUAGUCAAAAUUUGUUAGGUAAUGAAAGCCUGUUAAACCAGUGUGUAGAUAAAAGGGCAACUGGGACUGGAAAGGAAGGUGAUUGCCACAUAGAAAAUAGUUUAGAAACAGGAAAUGUUGAUCAAGUACCAGAGAACACUGCAGAGAUUGAAACUGCAUAUGAAGACAGAGCCACAGGCACCAAGAUGCAUAUUAAUGAAUGUAGUGAUGUACCUAUGUUGAAUAAGACCAGUGCCACUGCUCAAUCUACUGAUGCCCAUGAAGACAAUUCAAGCAGUUCAAGUGACUCAGACUCAGAUUCAGACUCGGACAGUAGUGAUUGUCAAUGCAGCAAAUGUGGUAAUAGUAGUAGCAGUAGCAGCAGCAGUAGUAGUUGUUCAAGUUCUUCAGACUCUGAUAGUGACUCAGAUGCAGUCAUUGAGGAAACAGCACAAGAAGCAACCAAUACAAGUGUGGCUGGAGGUGAAUCAGACCAAAGUAAAAUAGUGAACCACACGAACAAGAAAUCCCCAAGAAAGACUCCUCGGAAAUCACCUUUAAAGCGAGAGAAAUCACCAAAGAAACCCUCCCCCAAUAAGUCGCCCCACAGGACAAGUAAAACCCCACACAAGAUGCUAAAAACGCCACACAAAUCUCCUGGAAAGGUUGUUCAGAAAACUCCAGGAAAAACGCCAUGUAAGAAACUUGGAAAGACACCCAGAAAGUCACCUAGUAGCAAAUUAAAAGAGCCAACUGUUCAGAUUUCCCCUGAUCUCCACAGCAUGUUGGAGAAGAAUGGCAUUACUUCAGCCGAGGAUAAAGGCCAGAAUAAGGCUAUUGAUUCACAGGCACCAGGUACAAAACGUAAUACUAACAAAGGCCACAUGAUUUCACCACCACAGAUACAGAUGUUGAUUUGUUCCCAUGACGAUCUGAAGGCUCAGGCCAAGAAGCGAGAGGAAUCGGGUAGUGGAUCCCAAUCUCAGAAUUCAAAUAGCAAUGGAGCCCCAGCUGCACCUUCAAGUAGUUCAUCAUCGACUACUAUUCAGAAGGUCUUCGUUCGGCGUCGGGCGAAGAGACCUGCCAAUUUCUCACCUACCAAAUCUGCUGCAAUGAGUUUAUCAUGCGUGAGCGGGAAGAGUGCCAUCUCACUUGUACACAGGGACCAACAACCGUCAGAGGAAACCUCAAAUUCUGAUCCCAAGAGCAUACAGGAUGAGAACAUUUUCAAAGAAAGAAAUCUUGCAACAUCGGAAUGUAACAAAGAGGAAGUAAUCUUGCGGAAGAGAACCAGAACUUCCGUUAGUGAGAAGACUAUGGCCAGCAAGCGUUCUAGAAUGCUCUCUCCAGAAUCAAGGGAGGAGAUCGCUGUCCAUAGAGACAAUGCUGAAAGAAAAGCAGGCGAGAAUGGUGCUAUAAAGUCUGAGAAAAGUCCUGCUGAAGCCAACAAAACUGAUGCAUCUACGAAAGCCAUCGAAGUUCCAAAAGGACCCAACAUCGUGCUAGAGGAAACGACCGGUGGAUCAGUGAGAAUAUCCACUGAUGCAUCCAGUGCGACCGCAGCAAAUGGAAAGUCAACUGAUGAAAUAUCUACAACAGAUAGCAAGAUCAUAGUCCCCGUCAAGAUCCGACGAGUGAAGAGACAGCUCAACCUCGGGCUGUCUAGCUCCGUUGCGAGCGUUGUGUCUUCUGUACCUGAAAGAAAGUCCCCCUUGAGUUCCACUGCGGCCUCGACGUCUGCCUCUACUCCUCCGCCAGCCAAGGAGAGGAGCAAGUCCAUCGAAAACUCCCUGGCAGGUCUUAGGAGAAGUCCAAGGAAGAAGCUAGGGCCUACUUAGUAUGUGAAGAUUCAUGUAAAUAUUGUACAUAUUUUAUUACAUUUUUUUUUUUUUUUUUUUUUUUUACUGAAUUUAUGCCAAUAUUUAUAGUUUAGAGGAGAGAAGUUCUGUAUUGGGAUGAUUUUAUAUAUUCGGAUUACUUUUUGAGUUUUAGUUAAAUUUUCAGUUUUACUGUUUGAAUUACGUACAUUUAACAAAGAAUAAACGUAUUAAACGUAUUUGAAAUAUAUAAGUAAAUGUCAUGUUAAGGAUGGCAGUUAUUCUGUAUAUAUUGUAUGUAUUUAUUGAAAUUUAUUUUUCUGUCAUUUGAAACGAAAUAAAGGUACAUGUGCGAGAAAAUUAUUUUUGAAUAAUCUUUUUCAAGGAAAAUAAAAGUAAAAUAUCA